GUCAGUGACGACUGACAUUUGCUUAACAAAAACAUAGAAAAAUCAAAAUAAUUAUACAUGUAACUUAAAUUGUAAUCUAAUAAGAAUUAAGAUUAAUUUUAUUUCUUGUCCAAACUUUCAAUUCAUUAUCAACUAACUGCUCUUUUAUUACCGACGGUGAAAAAUUGUUUGUGUCCAUUGAAUAGUUAAAAAAUGCAUUUCCUUCACAAUUUUGAUCCUGAAACUUCUACUCGUGAGCGAAGAAAACUAAAUCGAAAAAGUUAUUUUAUAAAUCGCAAAUGUAAAAAAUUAUACAACGAGCGAGGACAUUUAAACGCGACAGGUGAGGAUCGUUGUGAUUGUUUAGAUGAAAAAUGUCCAGGAUGCCACUUUCCUUGUCCAAAGUGCAACUCUAAUAAAUGUGGUCUUGAAUGCAGAGUCAAUAGGAAAUGGAUGUAUGAUAAAAUAGAAAUAGAAGGAAAUGACAUGGUUGUUAAAAAUACAUUUAAUAAUAAGUGAAAAUAAAUCUAAUCAUUGGCCAAUAGUUUAAAGAAAUAUUCAACUUCAAGUUCACCAUCUUCAGGAAGAUCAGUGCAAUGAACAGCAUUGUGUAUUAUGCUUUUACCAUAAUGUGCUCUAAUGGACUCUGGAUAUAACUGACGUGCCAAAUCCUGAAAUAAAUACAGAAUUUAAAAAAACUUAUUUUUUUUU